AUGGACCAAAGAAUGGAUUUUGUCGAGGCCAAGCUACUCGAACUUAAUAAGUCGGUAGUAAAGAUUGAUGUCCAGCUUUGGUACCUGAAUGUUGCUGUUGGUGGUAUCUGCGUUGGUGGACUCAUGCUGCUUGGAUUCUGUAUAAAAGACUCGGACAGCAAACGUUCUAAGAACACCUAG